AUGUCUCAGCAACAUCCAGAGAUGCAUACAAGUAAUAAUUCCCCACCGAGCACGCCCCUUGUAGCGGCACCCAACUGCAGAGUUGCGAAAAAGACAAAUCAAUCACGGCCUAACGCCAUAGACUCUAUUGAUGAGCGCGAUCCCCAUGACCUGUCUUUGUCGCCCAAACAUGCGGCUCGCACUUCCAUUGUCGAUAAUAUGCUCCUUUCGCUAGAUCAAUUUGCAUCUUCAAAUGCGUCCUUACUAGAUGACUACCGUCUGUUCAAUUCUGUUUUCGAGACCGACCUAUAUGGCCGCUGUUCGCCAGAUUCUAUGACCCAGCGUCGUUAUCGCGGCCAUACAUUUUCGUCGUCUUUGUCUUCAGAAGUAGACUAUAACGCGGACGAUGCGGCUGGCCGCUAUGUGGCUCAACCGGGAAGGGCUCGUCGGAGUACUAGCAGCUCUAAUUAUAACCCCAACCUGAGAAGAUUUGGUAGUGCUCGCAGCCCGGAAGGUCCCAGUUCGCGCGGUCAACUAUACGAUUAUCGUUUGAACUCGGGAGGUAAUAUUUCUGGAACAAUACAAGGCAGCAAGGGGAGUUCCUCUUCUCACAUGGAUUUUGGCCCACCCCUUCAUGGGAAUCAUCAAGCCGACCCGACAACCGAGCGACGUUCUGCAAGCUUCGACUUUGGUUCAAGACACCCAUUCAUCCCAUUUGCAGCAAAGUCUUCUGAUUAUGACCCGUUGUCGAUUGACGGAGCCGAUGCGGCCCCGACACCCAGUAUUCCAGGCGGACCAAGGAAGUACCAAGCUUCGUCACAAGGCGAAUAUCCCGGAACUUUAAGUCUUCAGUCUUCGCGCACACCGGCGGCCUCUCGAAGGAACAGCGUGAAGUCGGCACGAACGAAGGGUACGGCGGCUACUAGCAGCCGUGAAAAUGAUAUAGCACAUCUUGGUGCACCUAUUUUAGAACCUCCAGCUAUACCGGCAGCCUCGCUUGACCCUCCUGCCCCAAGCCCUACGAUAUCAUUCAACAAACCUAUUUUCCCAAUGUCCUCGGACCCAGCCCCGACCGCCAAGGAACGUCCGGGAUUUUUCCGCCGCGUGUUCGGGUCGUCCAAACAUCCUACACCGGAGAACAACCAAGGCGAUCCUUCAUUCGCCCAAGAAAAUGACCCGAGAGAUUUUAAUGGUUCUCAUACGAAUCUCAAGGACCGGCGACUUCCGCUGAAGAGCAGCACGGCGGGUGCUAAUACGGUCCGCCAAGGAGCUCAUCAAGUGGUGAACAAGAAAUCUUCUUUCUUCCGCCGGCGGAGGAGAUCGGUGACUGAGAUUAUUCCACCUCCUGUAUUAAUCCCCCCAGAAUCUGGUUCCAAACCACAGGAAAUGACGAAGCCACAACCCAGCCCCGUCAGCAGCUUGCGGAAGGUGAUGAAUCCGUAUAUUGCAGACGCUGGCGCUUCAGAGCUGGUACCCCCCAUCGAAUCCCGCAGCCAAAGCACAAACACAGAUAAUCUAGAGAACAAAAGAGUUGACUUACCUACGAGGAAACCAAAGGAAAUUCUUCAUGCUACACCGAAACCCAAAUACAGUCUUUAUCCCCCAACUUUCUCUAGCACUGCACGUGAUACCUCGUUUCGGGGAAGCAACAGUGAAGACGAAGAUAUUCCCAAAUCCAUCCAGAUGGAUUCCACUUCUUCAACCGAUCCACAGGAGCCGGGUUCUAGAGAUUGUAUAGAUUCACGCCAGAGUGCGCCUGAACUGGAGAGUGACCGGGCGAGCGGUAUACGGACCAGGCUGACACCCCAGGACCUUGCCGCUCCGUCACUAUCGCCUGUAGCUGAGCGUUUCUCCCAAAAGAGUGCAUCGCCUAUCGAAAGUCCAGAGGAAGCACGCCUGUUCAAUCCAGAGGAAUCCGAAGAGAUCAAGCGCAAGAGCAGACCCAAGCUAUCCAAUCAUGAAGAUGAGUCUAACCAGACGUUGCCUCUUCCUGUGGUUACGAAUGGCUCUUUGAAAGCGUCAACGUGGAACAUUUCUACUUACUACACGGCUUCUAACACGACUGUGGUUUCACCAGUGGAGUCGAAGUCCAUUGAAUCGCCGGAAAGCAAGGCCGAUUGUCCUGGUGCCGGUAUAGGAGACCAACCGGAAGGGUUGGACAAAGAACAGGCGCAAAGGCUCUACGACAGCCAGGAUCAAGUUGUAGGAAAUGAGCCGGCUGCUGCAUGGCUUGGUGACCCCGAACGCGCCACAAUUCGGAAGGCAUACAUGGAUUUUUUUGAUUGGUCUAAUAUGAAUAUCCUGGCAGCACUCCGAAGUCUAUGUACUCGAUUGAUAUUGAAGGGAGAGACACAGCAGGUUGAUCGGGUUCUGGAUGCUUUUUCUAUGCGAUGGUGCGAGUGCAAUCCCAACCAUGGCUUCAAAGCCUCAGAUGUUGUGCACACUAUAUGUUACUCUCUUCUUCUCUUGAACACCGACCUUCACCUUGCCGAUAUCGAACAGAAGAUGACCAAAAACCAAUUUGUUCGGAACACAAUGCCCACUAUACAUCGAGUAGCCGUCGAUGCAGCCCCGGAUGGGUUCGAGACUGUUCAUUCGAUUUAUAAUAAAUCGAAGUUUUCGACACGGGAAUCUCUGACAUCUCCUAUGGAUGAGUCCGAUCGUACGGCCCCGACUACGGACAAGCCCGCAAAUACGCCAGCAAAGCUCGUGAAUCGACUUUCUCGAACUGAUCUCUCUGUUAAACUGGCGGGUGAUCCCGAUACAGACACGGGCCCAUUGGUGAAUAUGCCAUUUAAUGGGACCAUAAGGGCCUGGGAGCAGCAAGUUGAGACUGUUCUUAGAGAUUUUUAUACUUCGAUUCAGAAGCAGAGACUCCCACUGCAUGGUGCUCAAACAGAGAAGGAGACGCCUCGGGCUUUAUCGAACAACUUAUUGUCUCCCAACCCGGGUGGUUUGCGUAGGAGCCCUAGUACCGUGAGCAGGAGCGGCUCCGACAUAUACCCACGCGGCCGCUCUGCUGAUUCUCGCUACGGAACCGCGCGCUGGUCUUCCAAAAACCGUUCACGGGCGAGAUUAUAUCCGCCUUCCGCCAUGGGUUCCAGCCGGACUAGCCUAGAUGAGCAGUCGUCUUUCUGGAGCCCAUCUGCGUCUAGUACUUGGAGUAAACAGUCUUUAGGAAAGCUGACAUCUGUGUCAGUAGACUCUUUCGGGUCAGACUACAUGCGCGGUGACUAUCAGCAAUCUAUCGGAUUCGCUAAUGCACUAAGUCAAGCGAUAAUCCGAGAGGAUGCUGCUCAUUCCAUCGCGAUUAACGAAGAGAUUGAGGGAACUGCACCGCUUCUGGAAGACGAGACUCUUCAACUCGCUGGUGCCCCUUGGGCCAAAGAAGGGAGCUUAAAGCAUAAACACCACUUAGAUUCAGUCGACAAGAGAGCUAAGGACCGAAAUUGGAGUGAAUGCUUCGCUGUCAUACAACAAGGCUGGAUGCGAUUAUUUUCAUUCAAUUCUUCAACUAAGUCGGUUCGGCAAAAGCCUAAAACUCACCCGCAUGUCGGGGUGGUGGUGGGAGGAGGGAACUGGACAGAGAAUGCCGAGGAGAUAUGGAAGUUCCUCCUACGCCAAACAAUUGCAAGCGCACUUCCACCACCGGGGUACUCCAAGUCUCGCCCUCACGUCUGGGCUUUGAGCCUACCUACUGGUGCAGUACACCUCUUCCAGGCUGGUACUCCGGAGAUUGUCCGCGAGUUCGUUUCUACGGCUAACUACUGGAGUGCGAGAUUAUCCAAAGAGCCUUUGGUUGGUGGAGUCAGCAAUAUGGAAUACGGUUGGAGCGAUGCAGUCAUCAACAGUGCCCUGAUAACGGCGGAGAACAACAGGUCGCCUCCAUCCUCCUCUGGGGCACGGCCUAGCAUUCAAAGUUCCAUCCGCAGCUCUGUUGACCAACAGGGCGGUGUACGCCCUCGACUCCCGGCCGACCGGGUACACAUCAGUGACUGGGUUCCGCCUCAGCAGAGCAUGGUCGCUUCAAAUUUACCUGAAGCCGAUCAGCUGAAGGCUUUGCAGGCGUACGUUAAGAAUGUUGAGGAUGAGUUACAGCGGCAUAAUGAGCUCCGACCGGCCAUGGUCCUGGCCUUUUCCCCUCGACAUCCCAAUGCCACAAAGUCAAUGGCUAAUUGGGAGCGCAAAUCAUCGUACUUGCUCCGAGAAAUCGUCAAGUUCCGUACGUACAUUGAUUCUUUACAAGGAGCGCUUGGCCUGAAGAACAAAAUUUAUGCAUCCCGUGACGGGAGCAAUCCUCUAGAAUAA